CGCGCGGUCAGUCAGUAUCUUCCUCAACAGUGCAAAGAAAAGAGCCAUGAAGUUGCUGCUGCUUUGUGUGAUCUUCCUGCUCGUGGCCGUCCACGGAGCCAGCAUUUUAGACUACUUCACCGUGCAGGCGGAGAACCGCGAGGGCGAGGGCGAGAGCGACAGUGAGAACGAGAAGAGCUGCGAGUGCGAGGGCUUUUCUUGCUCGUGCUGCGUGGACUUCAACAUGUCGCUGAUCGACUUGGGCGGGCCGGGCUGCGUGCGGCUCACGUACUUGUCGCCGCAGGAGGGAAUUGGCGUGAACGUGUCGUACGGCGAGAGCCUGCUGAGCUCCAGCGUGGUCAAGGGCAGUAAUCCCGCGCCCACGUGCCUCAACAUCUUCGCCAAGCUGGCGCAGAUGUGCGCCAAGUUCACGGAGUUCGCGCCCACGAGCGAAGGCAUGCGCGCAUGCAUGGAGCUGGAGCCGAAGCUUCUGGGCGAGGUGCAGCUGGAUCUGCCCAUCGGCUGCUUUCUCAUGACGCCGCAGGGCAUGCAGGUGCUGGAGGAGGAGGAGGAGCCGCCGGAGGCGGAGAAGAGCGAGGACGUGCCAGAGAAGCCCACGACGACAGAGAAGCCCGAGACGAUCAUCGGCGAUCUCACGGCCGAGGACAUCCUGAACGUGGUGAGCGACUCCGCGGACAAGGGCAUCUCCAUGAUCUCCAACUGGCUCGGCCUGAGCCUGGAGGACUCGAAGAACGACACGGAGACGUCUUCGGUGGCGCCAACGGGGUCCAAGAAGUGAUUUUGAGACACGCAAUAAAGU